AUGUCCAAGACCUACCUUCGGUAUGAGGCCCUGUCCUCCUUCGGCGUGGUCACCUCGCCGGACGCGCUGCCGGCCUCGGUCUUCGCCCCGGCCACCGACCUGAGCGUUGGGCAGAUUCGUGCCUCGCUCACCAACCGGGUCUUCUCGGCCGCCGGCGAGGUGGUCAUUGUCUGGGACAUCCGUCGUGGUGAGAUGGCCGCCCGUCUUGAGGGUGGCUCGCACAUGGUCACCAGCCUCGCCGUCUCCCCCCAGGCCCAUCUUCUGGCUGUGGGCUAUGCCGAUGGCGCGGUGCGCCUGUUCGACACGCGCACACUCACCCUGCGCGUGGUGCUCAGUGGGCACCGGUCGGCCGUGACCGCUUUCUGCUUUGACGCGGCUGGCGUCCGUCUGGCCAGUGGCAGCCGCGACUGUGCCAUUGUUGUCUGGGACUGCGUCGAGGAGACCGGUCUCUUCCGCCUCCGCGGCCACAAGGACUCCAUUACCGGGCUUGUGUUUGCCAACCAGGCGCGGCACAUUGUCAGCAGCUCGGCCGACAACCUGGUCAAGCUGUGGGAUCUGCAGACGCAGCAUUGCAUGGAGACGGUUGUCGGGCACAACAGCAGCGUCCUGUCGAUGUCCCUCAGCCCGGAUGAGCGGUACCUGGUUACCGGCUCCGCCAGCGGCGAGGUCCGUGUGUACCAUGUCUCCGCCGAGGCCCUCGAGGCGCAAGUCACCACCCACUCGCUGGAGACGUCCACUGCCGCUGCUGGUGCCACGACCACUUCGGCCGGGGCGGCCGUCGGCGGUGUCCCGCAGGCGGUGUCCCUCUGGGGCGUCCUCCCGCGGCCGACCACGGAUCGUGUCCUUUCGGUGUCCUUCGCCGGGCCCAAGGGGAACUUCCUUGUGGUCCAGGGCGGCGGCCGGGCGGCGCACAUUUUCCGCCUGCGAUCCGAGGCCGAGAUCAAGCGCAAGGCCAGCCGCAAGCGCCGGCGCCGCGCCAGCAAGGCUGAGCAAGCCGCUGGCGAGGAGUCCGACCACUCGGAUUCCGAGUCUGUGGCUGCCGCUGCGGCUGCUGCUGCGGCCGAAGAGCCGGAGCUCCUGCCUGGGGACAUCUUCAUCUGGGACUUCGAGCUGAUGACUCGUGAGGAUGAGUAUGACGUGUCGAUUCGCCGGGGGCGUGGUGGGUCUGGCUCGGAUUCCGAGUCCGACGCCGACGCCGACGCGGAGGCCGGGUCUGACUCGGAAUCCGAGGCCGAUGAGAUGGACGCCGAGACCGGUGCCAAGGUUGUCGUGCAGAAGGCCCUGGGCUUCACUCAGGCUCGAAGCCUGGAGAUGACGGACGAUGUGCUGGCGGUGUGCAUUUCGCGCGACAGCAAGUUCCUGGCCAUCUCCCUGCUGGACUCCACCAUCAAGGUCUUCUACCUGGACACCAUGCGCUUCUUCCUUUCUCUCUAUGGCCACAAGCUGCCCGCUCUGUCGAUCGACAUCUCCGACGACGCGUCCCUCCUGGUCAGUGGCUCGGCCGACCGGACGGUCAAGAUCUGGGGCUUGGACUUUGGUGACUGCCAUCGGUCGCUGAUUGCCCACGGGGACUCGGUGAUGGCCGUGCGUUUUGUGCCGGAGACCCACUAUUUCUGGUCUGCCGGUAAGGACAAGCUCAUCAAGCAGUGGGAUGCCGACAAGUUCGAGAAUAUCCAGUCCCUUGAUGGGCAUCAUGCCGAGGUGUGGGCCCUGGCCGUCAGCGCCAAGGGUGACUUUGUGGUGUCUGGCUCGCAUGACCGGUCGAUCCGCAUCUGGGAGCGCUCGCCCGAGCAGCUGAUCCUCCAGGAGGAGCGUGAGCGCCAGAUGGAGGAGAUGUUCGAGGCGCCCGUUGCCGAGGAGGACACCGCCGCCGCUGCUGAUGAUGACUCCGCCGAUCGUGCUGCUCUCAAGAGCCUGGACACCGUGCGCGCCAGUGAGCGUCUGCUCGAGGCACUGGAGAUCGCCGAGCAGGAGGAGGAGAAGCUCCGUGAGCAUGAGCGGGCUCUGAAUGUCCGGCGCGCUGCUGGGAUCGAUGUGUCCGGCAUCCAGCCGCCGACUGCUCACCCGCUGAUGAUGGCCUACCGGUGCAAGACCCCCUCGGCGUUUGUCCUUCACAUUGCGUCGUCCAUUCGCGCGGCCGACCUUGAAACGUCGCUCCUGUUGCUGCCCUUCAGCCACCUGAACAUCCUGAUGAAGUAUGUGCAGAAUUGGCUGGCCGCGGCCGAUCCGGCGUCGGCAUCGGCAGUCCUCCCUGGCGCCGAGUCGCCCGGCCCGCAGCCCGGCGGUCUGUACAUCGAGCUGUCCAUGCGCAUUUUGCUCUUCCUGCUGGACAUCCACCACUCGCAGAUUGUUUCCACCCGGUCGCUGCAUGCCUGCCUGGUGGAUCUGCAGACCAAGGCCAAGGUGGUGGUUCGCCGCCACCGGCAUCUGAUCGGCUACAACACGGCCGCAUUGAGCUUCAUUCGGCGCGAGUUUGAGGCCCUCCACGGGUCGGUGAUGACCGAUCCGGCGCAUCUGCUCACCGGGAAGCAGGACGCGGCCGGUGGCGGCUCUUCCGCGAAGAAGAAGCGCACCCGCCGGGUGACCAGCGUCUCGUCAUAG